AUGACCAGCUUGCGAGAUAGUGAUUCCUCGACAGCUCUCCUCCAUGUCUCCCAGGAGGAACAUUUGAUUAACGGGGAAGAGCCUAUCCCACUUAACACAUUGCGACUUUCCAAACAGCCUUUCACCGUGGAUCAAAAGCCAUACCAACUCGUCAAAGAGCGCGAUACCACGGAAUACGAAGCAGCGGUAGACAAGGAUUCAAAGUAUUCUCCAUCACCCCCACCACUGCCCCGGAUCAAGAAAAGAUGGAUUACUGGGUUACUACUUUGCGCAUUGGGAGUGGCACUGGCCCUAGUCGCCCAUGUUAUUCUCACAGUCAAACUGGCCGCAAAAGCCACUUCUGGUGGCUAUGGAUGGGGUUCCUCGUCCGCCGUUAUCUAUGAAGGCACAUGCCACCAAGCAAACCAAAUCGCGACCGGCCUUCAUAUUCUUGUCAAUAUCAUUGUUUUGACUUUGACCGCCACAAGCAGCUACUGUAACCAAGUUUUGGCAGCACCGUCGCGCGCAAGAAUCGAUACCGCCCACGCUCAACGGGUGUGGGUAUCGAUUGGUUCCUCCAGUUUUACGAACGUCUGGUACGCGCCUCUGUGGCGCAAGAUGCUAUGGGUGUUGAUUAUUGGGACCUCGCUGCCAGUCCAGAUGAUAUAUAACUCCUUCAUAUACGUAUCGAUCAACGCCAAUGACUUUGGAAUCGUUGCUGCGCCGAUAGCCUUUGGGAAUAACCACACAGAUAUGUCUGGUUUUGACGUGCCUUCUAACUUCCACGACGUUGUUGGCACGAGCGCGAGCAGCCUAUAUGAUGAUCUCAUAUCGGGUAAGCUCGAGAAAUUGAGCAAUGACACUUGCAUGAAAGCCUAUAGUGGCGCUUAUCAAACAGCCAGGUCCACAGUUGUCCUUUUGACCCCAGAUCUUUCGUCAAACCUAACGGCGUGGUCAUGUCAGGUUGCACUGGACUCCGGUGGUAUCUCCACUAGCAGUUCCUACAGGGGCAGUCAAUUGAGUUGUGCGAUUGACGAAUACAAAGGUAACUAUACAAUCGCGCCACCGAUUAGUUACAUCGACGAGUUUCAGGUCCAUACUUGCUUCAGUCGACCGGUCACGCCGACUUGUGAACUUGGAUGCAGUCUGCCCAUUGGCUUGGUGGUCAUGGGUUGUAUCGUAUUGAAGCUAAUAUGCAUGCUCGUCACUGCUCUCGAGCGCCGCUCCGAGAUCUUUUUGACAGUUGGCGAUGCCCUCAAGUCUUUUCUCACAUGCCCUGAUCCUUACACAGCUAACAAUUGCCUCAUGGCUCGAGUCAAUAAAGGACAACCAAAAGCAUUGCAUUCUUUCAAUGAUUACCCCUGGGUAUCUAUAUUCUCCCGCGCCAUGCCAUUCCGCUUGGGACAGAGCCCGCCUCCGCAGCCAAAAAGGGUCUGCACAGUCCGCCAGCGAUGGUCAGCUGCCUUACCAAGCCGACUCUUCGCUUUCCUUCUGUUCUUCAAAAUAGCCCUCCUUGCCAUGGCUGGUCUCGCCUUGGGUUAUAAUACAUCUAUGUUCGGCAGUACCCAAGGAGCAGAUCUGAAUGCGGAUGGAAUGUCAUCUUGGGAACAGACACUCACUUCGCUGUACCAUACUCAGUUCUACCCACUGGGAUACCUGGGAUUUAUUGCGACAGUGUUGGCAGUGAAUGUCCCACAAGCUGUAAUCUCAAUAAUUUACGCGGUCUACAAUAAUACUCUCACUCGAAUGCUUCUUGCCGCCGAAUACAACAAUUUCGGCGUCGAACGCAAGCCUCUUCGAGUCUCAUUUCCCGCUGGACAACAGCGCUCGACAUACUACCUCUCUGUCCCAUACCGGUACAGUGUGCCAUUUAUCGUGUUAUCUACUCUUUCCCAUUGGCUUGCCUCCGAGGCCUUGUCAUUCGUGCAAAUUAUCCCCCGAGAUGCUCAGGGUAAUCUGCAACGCACUCGAUCCUUACACGGUGUGGGUGCAUCGUCUGUUGGUCUGAGAGUUAUGGUUGUACCCUGGCUUCUUAUGGUUGUGGGCUUUCUCAUUUUGAUGUUUCGGAAGUUCAAAUCGGCCGCCAUGCCGAUUGCAAUGAACUGUAGUGCGGCGAUCAGUGCUGCUUGCCACCCGCCACCGGGUGACAUUGAUGCCGCGGAGAGGCCUGUGAUGUGGGGACAGGUUGAUAUGGAAAUUGCGAAUCUUCGUACAUUCCUUGGGCCUGGUGUGGCGGAGAUCGAGACAAGAUGUCGCCGUGCUACAUUCACGUCAAAAGAGGUUGUUGAGCCGAGUCCUGAAUUUGUAUACUACUAG